CAUGCUUUGCCUGUGUGUGUGUGUGUGUGUGUGUGUGUCUGUGUGUGUGUGUGUGUGCGCGCUCUGUAGAGUCUGGAUGAUGGCAAGCCUCAGAAACCGCUGCAGAAGCCUCCUCUCAGGCAGGAGACGAACAUGGCCAACUUCUCCUACCGCUUCUCCAUGUAUAACAUAAACGAGGCGUUGAACCAGGGCGACACAGUGGACCUGGACGCCCUGAUGGCUGACCUGUGCACCAUUGAACAGGAGCUCGAUACCAUUUCCAAACCAAACUCGGCCUCUCGCGGCCAGAACAAAGGCCAGCAGCGGGCCCCUGGGGGCCGCAGUGCCAGCACCAAGCACACAGGCACCAGCGGAGGAGGAAGCAGCGGAGGUAGUCCCGCUCAACCAUUUGCAUUUACAGUGGAGCUUCAUGUAUUAUUUGAGCAACAAUAGAAAUCAUUACUCCACUCCUAAAACUGUAUAUAAUCAUUGUAAGCAAAUGAUGCCAAACUCUUUUACAUAGCGCCACACAUUGCUGGGCUCGGAUAAUGUUUGGACUCUGAAGCACAAUAGAGGGAUGCUUCAUGGACUAAAACAGGAAGAUGUCACUCUUCUUCUGGUGCUGAAGAAUGUGAAAGAAAAUCUCUUCAAACAUGUUUUUCCUUUUUACCGAAGCCAUAUCAAACGAAUGCAGAGUAAUGAUGUAGUGGAGGAAAGGGGGAACAAUUAGCAGCAUCCUGUUUGCAGCAGGGAAAUGUAGUCUUUAACACAAGCUACGACUACACUGGUAUAAUAUAAAUGCAGCCAGUCGUUUUUACUGUUGUCUCAUUUAGUUAAUAAUCGUAGAAGUGUUUCCUAACAAUCUCACCUAAUAUAUGUUGUUAUUCAGUGUGGCUUUGUGGCACAAGGCAGUAAAACUGCCUGUGCCAAAGCACACUGUAUAUUAU